AUGGACGCGUUGCUAGCAAAGGUCACCCAACAGGCCAUGAGCUAUGCUAUUCGCAGUGGCAUAGCCAUCACCAGUACCUAUGCAAUCAAACAAUGCGGCCGACUAAUGAAAACGGUCGAUGGCCAAGAGAAGCAAGAGCUCGCAGCUUUACAGUCACGGCUCGACUCGAAAAUCAAGAUUAUAUCGCCAGCAAUAGACAUGAUCGAGCUGAUCUCGGCACGUGGAAACACAACGCUUGAAUCAGCAGUGACAUUGACCAAGUCUCUGAGAUGGGACAUUCAAUCCCUCGGCAGCCGCGUGGAAAAGGCUGUUGUGGAGGAGCAGCUUUCUAGGAGAGGCAGCUCAAGAGCAAAGUCACGCGCGCAGAAUGACAUUGAGCUGAGAUUCAUCAUCGCAGAGAUGAAGCAACUGCUAGCCCGCAUCGAAGACGCAGUACCCCUCAUCAACCUUGCCAUCACAACGUCAGGAGUAAGCUUGUCCACCAAUCUGCCCCCAACUGUCUCUCCUUCGAGGCUGCUGCAGGCCAGCACCUUCCUCACUGCUGGAGAUUCGCACUACUGUAUGUCGAAACCCAGGGCACAGCAGAUUGGGCCGACGUUCACGCUCUCAAUGUAUAUGUUGUUCUCAGGCUAUGCUGUGCCAACUCACGAAGAGCUGCUUCGCGAACGCGAGACAACAUGGAAGGAGGUCAUGCACAAGGCUCGAGUGACGCUGCUGAGGGUACCGCUAGAGAACGUCUAUGACUAUCCAGUCCCAUUCGGCACACGGACUAGUAAGGCUGAUGAAGGUAACCAUCGCCACAUCCCGUCCGAGAGUGCGCUACAUGAGUUUGCGUACCAACUUCUCAUUGUCGAAGAUCUGGAUGACGGCCGUUUACACACGUUCGAAGACGAUGAGCCUCAGCCUGGGCCAUAUGACGGCGUUGACCAAGCAGGCGUUCGAGAAAUCAUUCCCAUUCACGAAAUCUCAAAGAUCUUCUACGCCGAUACGGGCAAAAUCUUGAACAUCGGCGGUGAUGGUGAAGCAAACAACCCAAUACUGUUGCUGAAGCGAGACGUGAACGCGCCGCCUCCGCGCCGGAUGAUGGAACAUGAGCCUGUAGACACAGGGUACCAGUCAGACGACUCGCACACAGUAGGCGAAGACGACCUAGACCAGUCUGAGCUGGAUGCACAGUUUCGACGUGAGUCGACCGCUGAAGUCGCAGAGGAAGAGGCAGUGCAGGACGAACCCCCAACUUAUCCAUGGCGCCUACCACCAACACUCGAUCUGGAGUGGAUGGCAUUCGAGGUGUAUCAAGAAGAGGUCGACUCGGAAUCCGACUUCGACGACGACACAGAAGAGACAGCGUUGGACACAUCAACAUCCUCAGCCACCGCGGCAGACCCAAGUCGCUCGCGCUCAGAGUCACCCGGUCUCCUCUCGAGUCUUUCCAACCUCAACCUUCAGCCCUCGACACCCCCCACACAAUCCGGACAAGUCGUUCCCUCGCCCGACAAAGCCGCCAUCCCAACCCACCAGACCUCAACCCCUCCAACAACGCUCCCACCCAUCAAAACCUCCCUAUCCAUGCUCGAAAUGCUAAUCCGCCUCACCGCCCUCCAACAAUUCCAGCAAUCCUCCCACCUCGCCAUCUCCGACGAGUUCCUAACCUUCUUCCUAAGCGAAAGCAGCACAGUCGGCAGCGGCGGCGACUCUGAGCUGCGACGGCGCGCAAGGCGAGAAGCACGAGCACGAGUAGGAUUCGACCCGUACGACGAAAGCCCAAUCAAGCGCCGUGGCGAAGCCUACCAAGCCCAGGCACGACACAACGAGCGCGAAGGCUUCGACGAAGCGGACCAUACACCCUACACCAACCGCAGCAGCAGUAGCAGCAGCGCGCAGUACGAUUACGUCGGCUACCCGACCAACAGCCGCUCCGGGGCCAGCACACCGCUCUCGCGCGCCGGGACCCCGAACCCGCCGUCUUCCGGCGCGAGGAGUCGGUCCACCGUCGAUGUGUCGAGCUUGAGUCGUCCCAGCCAGGCCGCUGCGUCGAGUCCUAGUCCGCUGCUGAGGAGGGCUACGACGCAGACGGGGCUGGAUAGGGGUCUGCGGUUUAGACAACCCAGGUUUCCUCCACCGCUGCCGCAGACGCCGCCGGGGAGUUGA